AUGUCAGACAAAAGCGUUUUUGCGCCGGCGAACGUGAAGAAGAGCAAUGCUACCUCUACCUCAUCCAAAACCGUUUUCCACUUUGCAGCCGGUCUUUGCUCCGGCCUGACCUCCUCCAUUCUCCUCCAGCCAGCCGAUCUCCUCAAAACCCGAGUCCAGCAAGCCGGCAAAGCCAAUGCUCUUCUCCCAACCCUCAAAGCGAUCCUCUCCUCUCAAAAUCCAAUCCGCGGACUCUGGCGCGGAACAUUACCCUCGGCCCUUCGUACAGGAUUCGGUUCCGCCCUCUACUUCACCAGCCUGAACGCCCUUCGACAGACCAUCGCACAGUCCAACCCUCCCCUCAUCCUGACCAAUGCAGCCUCAGCAGCGGGAAACUCAUCUUCCGCCCUACCUAAACUCUCAAAUACGGCCAACCUAGCCACCGGAGCUGUCGCCCGCGUCGCCGCAGGCUUCGUCAUGAUGCCCGUGACUGUGCUCAAAGUCCGCUAUGAAUCAGACUUCUACGCCUACCGCAGUCUCUUGGGAGCCGGUCGCGAUAUCGUUCGUACAGAAGGCGUUCGCGGACUCUUCGCGGGUUUCGGCGCCACCGCGGCCCGAGACGCUCCCUACGCAGGCCUCUACGUCCUGCUCUACGAACAAUUAAAGCGUCGUCUUGCGCACAUGACCGCGAUCGACCCUACGCUUCCCUCUGACGGGAAAUCCUCGGUAGCCGUAUCCUCUUCAUCGAUCAAUUUUGUCUCCGGAGCCGCGGCCGCCGGUCUGGCCACUGCCAUCACGAAUCCUUUCGACGCGGUGAAAACCCGCCUGCAACUCAUGCCGGCCAAGUACGGGAAUAUGGUCCGGGCAGUGCGCCUGAUGGUGCAAGAAGACGGUAUGCGCAGUCUCUUUGGAGGUCUGGGUCUACGAAUGGGCCGUAAGGCAUUGAGCUCCGCGCUGGCUUGGACAGUCUAUGAGGAAUUGAUUCUUCGUGCGGAAAAGCGCUGGGCGGCCAAACAUGAAAUGAGUCUGUGA